GAUAUACUUGAUGUAUUUGGAUCUCUUGAAAAUAUAGAAAAAAGCGGAUAGCUAUUCGGAUUCGAACUGGGAAAUCCUUCGGUAUUGUGUGAAGACCUGAGUCUACAUGACCUAAACAAGGAUUAUUAAAUCAAAUCAAAAUCAAUCAAAUCAAAAAUGUCAUCCGUGGGAGAAGAAUCUUCUUCGGGAAAAUGUGAAGAGGAGGAACCCGUGGAGGCCACACCACCGGUUGGAUUCUUUAGACUUUUUCGAUUCACAACUCCUUGUGAAAUAUUCCUGCUUAUUAUUGGAAUUUUGAUGUCAGCGAUUAAAGCUUUGACACUUCCAGCAGUUGUUAUAAUUUACAGUGAAUUUACAGCGAUGCUUGUGGACCGCACUUUGGCUACAGGGACUAGUUCAACAACUUACUUUUUACCUCUUUUAGGCGGUGGGAAAACACUGACAAACGCUACACGAGAGGAGAACAAUAAGGAGCUGUACUAUGAUUCGAUUUCCUAUGGACUCUUGUUAACCAUCACUUCCGUUGUCUUGUUGCUGUCGGGAAUAUUUUCAGUUGAUGUUUUCAAUUUAAUUGCAUUAAAACAAGUGACUCGUAUGCGGAUGAAACUCUUUCGAGCAAUCAUGAGGCAAGACAUAAGUUGGCAUGAUACUGUAACUCAACAGAACUUUGCCCAAAACAUGACAGAUGAUAUUGAAAAGAUCCGCGAUGGAAUUUCUGAAAAAGUUGCCCACUUCCUGUAUUUAAUUAUCAGUUUCGUCAUAACUGUGGCUAUUUCGUUCGCAUAUGGCUGGAAGUUAACUCUGGCCGUAAGUGUCUACAUUCCUAUUGUGAUAGUUAUGAACUAUUUCGUGACUAAGUAUCAAAGCCGUUUAACAGCUUUAGAGCAAGAUUCUUAUUCAAGUGCUGGAAAUCUGGUCGAAGAAAUUCUUAGUUCAAUUCGAACAGUUGUUUCGUUUGCCGGGGAAAAGAAAGAAUCCGCUCGAUACGAUAACUUCUUGAUUCCCGCUCGAAAAGCUAGCCAAAAGAAAGGAGCAUUCUCUGGAUUCAGUGAUGGAGUCCUGAAGUCUCUGCUUUUUAUUUCAUGUGCUGGGGCCUUCUGGUAUGGAGUGAAUCUUAUUCUAGCUGACCGAGACAAGGUGGACAAGGAAUAUACCCCAGCUAUUCUUAUGAUUGCAUUCUUUGGAAUAAUUGUGGGGGCUGACAAUAUUGCUAGAAGUUCACCAUUUCUCGAAUCUUUUGCUACGGCAAGAGGUUGUGCCACAAAAAUAUUCGGAAUCAUUGAUUCCAAAUCAAAUAUCGAUCCGAUGUCAACAGAUGGAAAAAUUCUCAACUAUGGGCUUAGAGGUGAAAUAGAGUUUCGGGACGUAUUUUUCCGGUAUCCUUCGCGACAAGAUAUCAUCGUUCAUAGAGGUUUGAAUUUUAAAGUGAAAGAAGGUCAAACCAUUGCACUUGUUGGUUCAUCUGGUUGUGGAAAGUCCACUUGCAUACAACUUCUGCAGAGGUUCUAUGAUCCUGUAUUCGGACAAGUUCUUUUGGAUGAGUUGGAUAUCAAGAAAUACAACAUAAGCUGGUUGAGAUCGAAUAUUGCUUGUGUUGGACAAGAGCCUGUUCUAUUUCAAGGAACCGUGAGGGAAAAUAUUAUGCAUGGUAAAUCAACGGCAACACAGAAAGAAAUCGAAGCCGCUGCCAAGUCUGCCGGUGUUCAUGACUUUAUUGUGAAUUUGCCAGAAAGCUAUCAAACUUUUAUCGGAGAAAAAGGUGCACAGUUAUCAGGAGGCCAGAAGCAGCGUAUUGCUAUUGCUCGGGCACUCAUUCAAAAUCCAAAAAUUCUCCUCCUCGACGAAGCAACUUCAGCUUUGGACUAUCAAUCUGAAAGACUUGUUCAAGAAGCCUUGGACCUAGCUAGCAAGGGAAGAACAACAAUUGUUGUUUCUCAUAGAUUGUCAGCUAUUAAGUCGGCAGAUCGGAUAUUUUUCCUUGAUCAAGGAAAAGUUGUCGAAGAAGGAUCCCACAAUGAUUUGAUGAAACUGAAGGGAAUGUACUAUAACAUGGUCCACGCAGGUGAUCUACAAACUAUCGAAUCAAAUGAUCAAGAUAUUGAAGAGAAAAAUAAAUCUCUGGGAAUCUAUGAAAAGUCUUACGAACUCAAUGCGAAUAAUUUUGAAAAAAAUCUAAAAGAUGUUGUCAGCUUCGAAGGACCUGUCUUCACAUCCCCCAAGAAUGACGAUGAAGAAAAAGAUGAAAAGACUCAAUAUGUCAAGACAUUCAUUAGAAUUCUGAAAAUCUCACGACCAGAGCUAGGCUAUCUGAUAUUUGGUAUUAUUUCGGCUACGCUGUAUGGAUUCACAUAUCCUGCUUUUUCAAUUGCCUUCGGAGAAUUCUACGCUGCUCUCUCACAAAAUGAUGAAAAUGAAGCUAGAAGCCGAACUGCAAUACUCUCGAUUUGCUGUUUGGUGAUUGGCAUUGUUACCGGGGUUAUUUCCUUCCUUCAAACUUACCUUUUCAAUCUAGCUGGAGUUUGGUUAACAACAAGAAUAAGGUCGAUGUCAUUCAAGUCGAUCAUGCAGCAGGAAGUUGGGUGGUUUGAUGAAGAAAAGAAUAGUGUUGGAGCUUUAUCCGCUCGUUUGGCAGGUGACGCUGCCAAUGUUCAGGGAGCUAUUGGUUUUCCUUUGAGUGGAUUAAUUCAGGCUUUCUCUAACUUUUUAUGCAGUGGAACUAUUGCGUUCUACUAUUCCUGGAAGCUUGCCCUUUUAUGUAUUUGCACAUGUCCUAUAAUCAUUGGAUCAGUGAUUUAUGAAGCCAGUUCCAUGUCAAGUGCAAUGAUUCGUGAGAAAAAGAUUCUUGAGGAAGCCAGUCGCAUUGCUACAGAAGCCAUUGUUAAUAUCCGAACAAUAGCUGGUUUAAGACGAGAAGGGGAAUUAAUUGAAAAAUAUAACGAAGAGAUAAGGAAAGUCGAGGUAGAAAUAAGAAAGAAACUUAGAUAUCGAGGUAUUGUUAACUCCUCGGGACAAGCAUUUGUGUUUUUUGCCUAUGCCGUAGGGUUGUGCUAUGGUGGAGUUCUUGUUUCAGAAGGUUCAAUACCAUUCCAGGAUAUUAUUAAAGUUUCGGAAACACUCCUGUACGGUUCCAUGAUGUUGGCUCAAUCGCUUGCAUUUGCCCCAGCUUUCACAGCAGCCCUGGUCUCAGCUCAUCGUAUAUUCCAAGUUAUUGAUAGAAAACCAAAAAUCCGCUCCCUUACAAAUAAGUGCAAGAAUUUCAACAAGUUGAAUCAAGUCGAAGGUGUGCACUACCGAGAUGUGGAAUUUAGAUAUCCAACGAGAUCAGAGGCACAAAUCUUGAAUGGCAUUAAUCUGCAAGUUCUGCAAGGUAAGACCGUCGCUCUUGUCGGGCAUUCUGGAUGUGGUAAAUCAACGUGUAUUCAAUUGUUGCAGAGGUAUUACGAUCCAGAUAAUGGAAAUAUUCACAUCGAUCAAGAUGACAUUAAGACUGAUCUAUCAUUGGAGUCACUCCGGUCAAAGUUGGGCUUAGUUUCUCAAGAACCAUCCCUAUUUGAACGAACAAUAGCCGAAAAUAUUGCCUAUGGAGAUAAUUCUCGGGAUGUUUCCAUCGCUGAAAUAAUGGAAGCAGCCAAAAGUGCCAAUGCUCAUUCUUUCAUCAUAUCACUGCCAAUGGGUUAUGAUACUAGAUUAGGUUCCCGCGGGACUCAAUUAUCCGGAGGACAAAAACAAAGAAUAGCUAUUGCUAGAGCUUUGGUUAGAAAUCCAAAGAUUUUAUUGCUUGAUGAAGCAACAUCUGCUUUGGACUUACAAAGUGAAAAGGUCGUUCAACAAGCUCUGGAUACGGCAUGUUCGGGACGAACAUGUAUCGUAAUUGCACAUCGUUUGUCCACAGUUCAAAAUGCAGAUCUUAUUUGUGUAUUGCAAAAUGGACGUGUAGCUGAACAAGGCAAUCAUCACCAGCUUAUCGCCAGAGAUGGACUUUAUGCAAGACUUCAUAAGACUCAACCGAGCUCUGACUAGAAAUCAUGUCUUUAAAGUUCUCUUGCUAUUUAAAAAAAUCACAAUAAUCUGUCCAAUUUAUUUUUAAGUAUAUUUUUUUUCUAAUUAUAAACAAAAAUGAUAUUGCUAUUCAUAAGUAUGAAAAAAAGAAAAUUAAAAUAAAUAUAAUAUUUAAAUCGA